AUGUUCUUAGAAUUGUCCUUGGUCAAUGAGGACCCCACAGCAAAAGUGUGGGUUGUGUUGUGCGCCAGUGGCAAGGGUUGGUAUCCUAAUUAUGGCAUCCAGGCCGAUGUCUACCACUCGUACCAUUUGGUAAAAGACCAUGGUAUACCUGAAGAGCAAAUCAUCAUAAUGUACUACGAUGAUAUAGCUACACACAAAAGUAAUCCGACCCCGGGCAAAAUUAUUAAUGAGCCCAACGGUACUAACGUUUACGAAGGACUGCCUAAACAUUAUACUGGAAAAUAUGUCACACCAGAGAACUUUUUGGGUGUAUUGCAAGGAAGCGAUGCGUUGGCCAAAGCGGGUAAAAAAGUUGUUAAAAGCGGACCAAAUGAUCGUAUAUUUGUCUAUCUUAUGGAUCAUGGUGCACCAGGCUUGGUGUUUUUCCCUGACAAACAGUUGCACGCAGAUGAUUUGAACAAGGCACUUGUUUCUAUGCACAAAGCAAAUAAGUAUUUCCAGAUGGUGUUUUAUUUGGAGGCUUGCGAAUCAGGUUCAAUGUUUAACAAAAUUCUACCUGAUAAUAUUAACGUGUAUGCUGUGACCGCCACUAAACCCGAUGAGGAUGGUUGGUUUUAUUACGAUGAUGAAACAUAUAACACUUGUCUAGGCACAUAUUUUGCCGCCAUUUGGUUCGAUGAUUGGCGCCAUAAUGAUCCGACGGUUGAGACAUUUGACCAGGAGUUCGCAUAUUUUACCGAGCAUAGUAAUUUUAAGUUUGAAGGUUCCAAUUGCUCACAACACGCGCAACAUUACGGUGAUUUAUCGCUGGCCAAAUUAACACUGUCACAAUUUUUAGAAGCGGCUGUUUAUGUAUUGCAGCAAAAUAUUAUUCAUGCGAAGGAUGUCGACGAGAAAUUAAGAUAUACUGAAGAAUUGGAGACUCUAUUGAAUGGCAGACAAACUAUUGAUAAACAUAUGUCUGAAUACGUGAAUAGUAUUCAACACUUACUGACAGUCGAUAGCAAUGCUAUUCUAAACACUAAACAAGAGCUCAAUAAUAGACAGUGUUAUCGACAACUUGUAGAUACUUAUGCCGAACAGUGUCUUGAUUUGGGACAACAUAAAGGGCAUUUCUGCAAAGUGUGUCAAAUCGAUGAUCAGUUGUUGAAUGGUUUGCUGUCUGAGUGCAGCUGA